AUGAGAAAACAGAAAAAGAACUGAAUGCCACUAUGUCUGAAUAUAGCCUCUGCUUAUUUUGCCAUGGGGUGCGGACUUAGAAAGCUAGAAGACCCUGAUGAUAGCAGCCCUGGAAAAAUAUUUUCUACCCUGAAGAGACCGCAAGUGGAAACAAAGACAGAAUUUGCUUACGAAUAUGUAUUGCUGGACUUUACAUUACAAGCUUCGCCAAACCCAGAAGUCAUCAAGAUAAAUUCCAUUCUUGAUAUAGCAACAAAAGUGGAAGACUACUAUCUUAAAGGAUAUAUUGUUGGAGCUAUUCAUCCUGUUAUACAACCUGUGGGGCAGCAAAAACACUUGCCUGCAAGUUACCUAUACAGAGUGGUGCUAUCGCGCUUGAAAUUAAGCAUGAAGCAUUCGACAUCACCCAGUGGACAAAGACGCCCAAGGCUUGUGAUUGAGGAAUGUCCUUUAACUUAUGAGACACAAACAAAUGACGUAACAAAAGAACUGAUAGAAAAGGUUAAUGUAGCUGCUAAAAGAGGAAUGAGAUUUGUUGGAUUCAUAUCACAGCACUACCCACCACUUAAAUUCUGCAAUGGAACCAACCUCGAUGGAGACAUUGAAUCAACACUGCAUGUGAGACACAGUCCAGAGGAAAACUGUAAAAACUGGAAUGAAGGAACAUUAAGUGGACAAUCAUGUGAAAGUGGAAUCGAGGAAGAACUGCGUCAUGAAAGUGGACAGUGUCAAAUGGAACGAGAUGGCAGCCCCAGUUUCUCUAAAUCAAGAAAAGGAGAAGAUAACAAGUUGUAUACAGUCUUCAAUGUUUUUGAUGAUGAAUCAACCUGCUGGAACUAUCAGGAAGGCAUCCUGUCAAUGAAAGUAACAAGAAAAGGCUCUGUCAUUAGUACACUUGAUGCUGAUUGGCUGGAGUUAACUACAUUUUAUUAUAAACAAGGCUUGUCUUUAAUUGAUUCUUUUGUAUGCUGGGAAACAUCGAAAGGGGAUCACUUGUCAAAAUCUUUGGAAGGAUUCUUCAUCUAUGAAGAGGAAGGCUCUGGAGUACCAGGAUUCAGCAGGAAGGGAAAUGAUGCCAUCGUAGUAGAACAAUGGACAGUUAUUGAGGGCUGUGAAAUCAAGACAGAUUAUGGUCCUCUGCUGCACACUCUGGCUGAGUUUGGAUGGCUCCUGACAAGCGUGUUGCCGACUCCUAUACUGAGACAUGACAGUGAAGGGAAUUUGGCUACAAAGCAGGUUGUAUUCCUUCAGAGACCAGUUAUGUGGAAUUCAGCAGCUCAGACACCAGAAAGGAAAGGCAGCCGGCACGUGAAAAGUGAAGACAGGAGUAAAGCCCCAAGCAGGAGCGUCAGCUUGGACACAGACCUGUUACAGCCUGCAGAGAGCAGAAGCCCGCCUGAGGAGUGCCUACUUGCCCCUUCUAGAGAAUGUUGGAUGAAAAAGAGGCCAGGCCAGCCCAGCAGCUUCUCCGGGUUCAGCAACAGUGACAGCGUCUUGCGCGAACUAGAUGAUGGACAGUUUGACCAGGAAGACGGAGUAACUCAGGUCACUUGUAUGUGA